AUGUUUUUCAAAUUUGCAAUAGUUUGUAUCGCACUGGCGACUAUUGGUCACAGUGACGCCCAAUGUCCCGACAAUCCGUGCGGUGUAGAGGCAUCGUGUCGAUUAAACUUGGGAGGAAUUCCGGUCUGUUCGUGUCCCUUCGGUUAUUUGGGUGACCCGUUCAAAGAAUGCAUACGACCAGAAUGCGUGAGCGAUGGUGAUUGUACGGAGUUCCAGGGAUGUCGCAAGGGCAACUGUGUUGAUCCGUGUAUUUUUAGCUGCGGUACCAAUGCGGCAUGCUCGACCAAACAUCACGUUCCGGUUUGUUACUGCCCAGAAGGUUACACUGGCAGUCCGUUCGAGCGGUGCGAUCCGUUGUAG